AUGAAGGAAUAUCCCAUAAACUGCACAGUACAGAGAGAAUUUCACCUCCUGGCAUUCUCCAUCUCUGAGGACCUUCAGCUUCAGCUCUUCACUGGGAUCCUGGUAAUGUACUUACUGACAGUGCUGGGGAACCUGCUUAUCACUGGUCUUAUAUAUCUGACCCCACAGCUCCACACUCCUAUGUACUAUUUCCUGUGUAACCUCUCAGUGCAGGACAUCAUCUACGUCUCCAGCGUCCUUCCCAAAUUCCUCUCUAUCCUGGUAACAGGUGACACCAGAAUCACCUUCCCAGCAUGCAUCACACAGAUGUUCUUCUUUACAUUUUGCGCUGUGUCAGAGUUCUUACUCCUAACGUCUAUGGCCUAUGACCGCUAUGUCGCCAUAUGUAUACCUCUGCACUAUGCAACCAUUCUGACCAAAGCCUUGUGUAUUACACUAUUUUCUGUCUCCUGGAUUGUCGGCUGCUUUAAUUCAUUACUGCUUGCUGUGCUGGUUUCUACUUUAUUAUUCUGCAAUUCCCAAGACAUUAGUCACUUUUUCUGUGACUCAAAAACUAUGAUAGCGCUGUCUAGUGGUGACAUCACAGCGAUUACGAUGCUGGUUUUUGUGGAAACUAUAUGUUUAGGAUUUAUACCCUUUGUGCUGAUAUUAGCCUCUUAUACCUGUAUAAUUACUAAUGUCAUUAAGAUCCGUAGUUCGGCGGGCAGAGUGAAGGCGUUCUCCAGCUGCUCGUCCCAUCUCACCGUUGUAUUAUUAUUCUUCGGCACCUCACUUACUUCCUAUGUGACCCCAGAGUCACGGGACUCUCUCAAACAAGAUAAGUUUCUCUCCUUGCUGUACACAGCGGUGGCCCCAAUGCUAAACCCUCUAGUGUAUACUCUAAGAAACAAGCAGGUCCUGAGAGCCAUGGGCAAUGUAUUGAAAAGAUACUUCAACAUUUGA